AUGGUCUCACUGAUAGAUAAUGAGGGAUACCUUAGGGUUGACCCUACGCUGCUCAAGCUUGUGAAACUGCUUCUGCUGACGCUAAUUUUCGUGUCUGUGUCGUUUGCAGCCGUCUCCUCGCGACUUUUCUCGGUGAUCCGCUUUGAGUCGAUCAUCCACGAGUUCGAUCCAUGGUUUAAUUUCCGUGCCACUAAACACCUUGUCAACACGUCCUUUUACGAGUUUUUGAACUGGUUCGACGACAAAACAUGGUAUCCGCUGGGAAGAGUCACCGGAGGAACGCUCUAUCCUGGUUUGAUGGUGACUUCCUCCGUCAUCUACCAUAUCCUGAAAUUUGUGGGUCUGCCAGUCGACAUCAGAAAUAUCUGUGUUCUCCUGGCUCCAGCAUUCAGCUCCAUCACCUCCGUGGCAAUGUACCUUCUAACGUUGGAAGUCACCUCUACAACACCAACCCUCAAGCACAAAAAGACUGCCGCGCUGUUCAGCGCGUUCUUAAUGGGCAUUACUCCAGGAUACAUUUCCAGAUCUGUGGCCGGCUCUUACGAUAACGAGGCCAUUGCCAUCACGCUGCUGCUGGUGACGUUCUUCCUGUGGGUGAAGUCGGUCAACACGGGGUCUAUUUUUUACGGCGCUUUGACGGCCAUGUUCUACUUCUACAUGGUCAGUGCUUGGGGAGGUUAUGUGUUUAUCACCAACAUCAUCCCGUUGCACGUGUUCAUUCUGCUUUUGAUGGGCCGUUUUGACUACAAAAUCUACACCUCAUACUGCACCUGGUACGCUCUGGGAACGCUGAUGUCCAUGCAGAUCCCGUUUGUUGGCUUUUUGCCGAUCAGAUCCAACGACCACAUGGCCGCUUUUGGUGUUUUUGGACUUCUGCAACUGGUGCUUCUUGUCAGCUACCUGAAAGACACUCUGUCUCCAACAAAAUUCGUUAGAUUGAUGUUUGCUUUCAGUGCUGUGGUGGCUACCGUUGGCAUCUCCGGUCUUGUACUGGCUACAAAAAUGGGCUGGAUUGCCCCUUGGACCGGAAGAUUCUAUUCCCUUUGGGACACAAACUAUGCGAAGGUGCACAUCCCAAUUAUUGCCUCUGUUUCUGAGCACCAGCCUACCCCAUGGUCUUCGUUUUUCUUUGAUCUCAACUUCAUGAUAUGGCUCUUCCCUGUUGGUGUCUACUUCUGCUUCCAGGAACUCUCCAACCCUGCCGUGUUUGUUAUCGUGUAUUCCGUUCUGGGCUCCUACUUUGCUGGUGUCAUGGUCAGAUUGAUGCUGACUCUCGCUCCAAUCGUUUGUGUCUGUGCAGGUAUCACACUGGGAAGACUGUUCAAUAUUUAUCUGGACGUCAAAGACGAGCUUUCGAGUUGGUGGAACAACAAAGAAUCUCAGGACUCUCUUUUCACGCUGUUGUCCAAGAUGGUUGUCAGCGCCACUUUUGUUUUCUACCUCGUUUUCUACGUCCAACAUUGUACCUGGGUCACGUCGAAUGCAUACUCGUCUCCAUCAGUUGUUCUUGCCUCGAGGAACCCUGAUGGCUCUCAGCUGCUUAUUGACGACUACAGAGAGGCAUACUACUGGCUGCGUAUGAACACUCCAGAGGACGCCAAAGUGAUGGCCUGGUGGGACUACGGAUACCAGAUUGGUGGAAUGGCUGACAGAACCACUUUUGUCGACAACAACACGUGGAAUAAUACGCACAUCGCUACUGUGGGUCGUGCCAUGGCCACCUCGGAAGACAAAGCGGAGGUGAUCAUGAGACAGCUCGAUGUAGACUAUGUUCUUGUGAUUUUUGGCGGACUGAUUGGAUACUCUGGGGACGAUAUCAACAAGUUUUUGUGGAUGGUGAGAAUUUCUGAAGGAAUUUGGCCUGAGGAAAUCAGCGAGCGCAAUUAUUUCACAGACAGAGGCGCUUAUAGAGUGGACGACUUAGCCACAGACGCCAUGAAGAACUCGCUGAUGUACAAGCUGUCUUUCUACAGAUUUGGGGAUGCCUACAAUGGUCUGGAUCCUGUUGACCGUGUGAGACAGCAGAAACUGAGCUCCAGCUACGCGAAGUCGAUCACCUUGGACGUCAUGGAAGAAGCGUUCACCAGUGAGAACUGGAUUGUCCGCAUUUACAAGCUGAAAAACAGAGACAACUUUGGACGCGAUCUGAUCGAUAUUGGCAAGAAAGACAGAAAACAGCAGUCGAAGCGGACGAAACGGAUGCUCUCGAGAAAAAAGCCUACUUUGGACCUGAGAGUCUAG